AUGCGCGCUUAUCUUUUCAUCACUUCUUGUCCUUCAUUUAUUCUCUUCCCCCAUGUUUUUGUGCAGUUGGUUUCAUUCUUAUCAGUGUACUACAUAUGCAAGUUGAGUAUAUGUUACUGUACUAACAGCUAUAGGUACUGCUAUCGCUCAUCACAUCUCAUUAUAUUCCAAUGAUGACAAUUAUGCCCAUCAUUUCCUUGGCUCUGGUCUUGUUCCUUCUUCAUCUUAUCGUUCUCUCCGCGCAGCCUGACUUCGGUUAUUACAAGUGUUUCAUUGGAAGAGGAACCUACCCAAACGGAAGUCCCUAUCAAACCAACCUCAAUACUCUUCUUUCUAAUUUUUCUUCUGACACAAAAAUUGACUAUGGCUUCUACAGUUCCACCUUCGGUGAACGCCCCAAUAUAGUUCACGCACAAGGGCUGUGCCGAGGAGAUUUGAGUCCGAGUUCUUGCAGGAAUUGCCUCACCGUUGCCAAAAUCCUUCUCCCAAGGCUAUGUCCAAAUCAGAAAGACGCAUUUGGAUACUUUGACUUGUGCACUUUUCAAUACUCAAGCCGUCCAUUGUUGGGAUACCUGGACCCUGAAUUCUCCUACAGCUUCAACAACCCACAAGAUGCAAUAGACGUAGAAGAAUACACAAGUGCGCUUCAUGAUCUAUUGCAAAGACUAAAAAGCGAAGCUGCUUCUGGGGACUCUCGUCGGAAGGUGGCUGUCGGAAGCAAACCGGCCGGUCAGUUUGAAACUGUAUAUGGUCUUGUUCAGUGCAAGCCAGAUAUGUCUAGGCAAAACUGUGACGCCUGCUUGGAGAAGGCUAUCUCAGAUAUUCCACUCUGUUGUAAGAACAAGAUUGGUGGUAGGGUUAUCAAACUGAGCUGCAAUCUUCGAUUUGAGAAGGGCCAGUUCUACAGUGACUGAGUUUCAGUUUUAUGGGUGAAUUAAUAUACGUAGUUGGCUUUGUGUGUUUAGAAAAAUAAGUAACUCACCUCGGAAUAUGUGUUUCAUAUAUCGAUGGACUAUAGUAAAUUAUAAUAAAUGUAAAGAUAGAUUGAGUGGUUUGUGUGUUUCAUGAAGAGUGAAGUUUGAGGAGUUGUAUGGAAAGUCUUAAUAUACAUGACUGUUUUAAAUA